GUUUGUUGAGGCGUACAAAAUCAGUCUAUGAAGAUCUUUCUCUUCUGAUUAAAACUUCUGAGAGCCACCGCACAGUGCAGCAGCUUUAAAGGGGCAAUAUGUAAGAAUUUGAAAACAGAAUGUGAAAAAAAUGACACCACAUCCGCGGUGCUUCCAGUGCUUCCAGUCUGGACCGCUACCUGCGCAGCUAACUGAGCUAUCUAGUUAACGAUAGCUACAGUCAGCAGCAGUUAGCCAUUGUUCCGGUGAUAUGCUGCCCCCUACCUGUAAAUCGCCGCUAAUUGUGACACAGAGCCCCUUUAACAAAACGGCCAAGAUUAAAGAAACACAUGAAGACUUUGCUUCUGAUCUUUAUCUGCACUGCACAAAAGGCACUGAUAGGCAGAGGAGCUGAUGGUGGCCUGUGUAACUUCCUGCUUACCAAAGUUAACUGUGGUCUCAUGUGAACACACAUAACAAGGGGAGAAAGAUGCAAGAGAAAGCCGAUGACGCACCUGUCCUGCUUGGGCCGGAGUGCAAAGGUUAAACGUGUGUGUCAUGGCUGGCUCCACGGGGGUGUGUGGUCAGGAGGGCGAGCAGACAGCAGGUGGCCGCUGGUCCUGCGGGGAUGCAGGCCUGAUCUCAGACCAGGACAGGCCUGCGAGUGCAGGUCUCCACAGUGGAUGUGGUGAUUUUGAUGGGAAAUGAGGGGAAAUUGCAUCCUCGGCCUGCAGUCAAAAAACUAAUAUCCCUUCAUCAGUGCGUUCCAGAUAUCGCCCUCCUCUACCAGUGCAUUAAAUAUAAUCACGCUAACGACUGUAUUUCUCUGAAAACUGCUUUCCAAACAGAGUGAGAGGAGACGUGCAGAGGGCGGGGCGCGCCUGUCAAUUAUUUUGCUGCCGAAGUUAUGUUGUUUCGGAGUGGCGCGGGCUGCCGGGUGGAGGGGGCGUGUCGGAUGAUAAACGGGGCGUGGAUUUGGCAGCGACACGGGCAGGAGAGACUGCUGAGGGUUUUCCUGCCGAGACGCUGCCAGAGGAGCGCACGGGAGGCACACUGCGCGCUGCGGGGACGCGGACACAACCACCUCACCGAGAGACCUUUAAAGCUGCCUGCGAUGCGUCUGACGGACCCAGAGAGAGGCUGCGGGGGGCGGCGUGAGAUGAGCCGAGGAGCAUGUGGAGCGCUGUGACGCGCGGGGGGCGACCUCUGCGCCACUUGCUCUUGCGCACCGAGCUCGGCGGUUUCCCCGGAGCGCUCUCAGCCUGACUUCACUUUUUUGUUUGUUUGUUUGUUUUUUCGAAGUCUGUGGCAUGAAGUCCUCUGAUAUGACAUGUUUCCUGCGUUGUGUCCUCGCGCUCAGGAUUGCGACUCAUGGGAUGUAGUAAAUGGAGAGCUGCGUUCAACUUUGGACACCUGAGGGUGCAGUCCAAGCUGUCCGUCUUCUUUACCAUGAUCGUUCUCUUCACGUACCUCUUCUACUGCCUCAACGGAUACUGUGACUCGCUGCCCAGGCCAGUUUACGACCAGCAGAGUAAUUACCACAACAAGAUCGCGGUGAGUGAUGGACAUGAGACGUCGGCGCGGCAGCCCGGCGCGUACAACGCGUCUCAGGUGUCGUUCGUCCGGGAGCAGCUGUCGGACUUCACGCACAGCGACGCUCCUUCGAACAACAUCUCUAUAGCCAAUAACUUCGGCAGCAAGAAGUUUCCUCAGGCCAUCAUCAUCGGGGUGAAGAAGGGUGGCACACGGGCGCUGCUGGAGUUCCUGCGCAUCCAUCCGGACGUGAGAGCCGUCGGGUCGGAGCCGCACUUCUUUGACCGCUUCUACGAUAAGGGGCUGGAAUGGUACAGGAACCUGAUGCCUCGCACUCUGGAGGGUCAGAUCACCAUGGAGAAGACGCCCAGUUACUUCAUCACCAAAGAGGCUCCUCGUCGCGUCUUCUCCAUGAGCCGCCACACCAAGCUCAUCGUGGUGGUGCGUGACCCUGUGACCCGGGCUGUUUCUGAUUACACCCAGACUCUGUCUAAAUCUCCCGGGCUCCCGUCCUUCCAGAACCUGGCCUUCCGCAACACCACCACGGGCCUCAUCGACACGUCCUGGAGUGCCGUGCGCAUUGGCAUCUACGCUAAGCACCUGGAGAACUGGCUGCGCUUCUUCCCGCUGUCGCGCCUCCUUUUUGUCAGCGGGGAGCGCCUGGUGACGGACCCAGCGGGCGAGAUGGGCCGGGUCCAGGACUUCCUGGGACUCAAGCGCGUGGUGACAGACAAGCACUUCUACUUCAACCAGACCAAAGGCUUCCCCUGCCUAAAGAAGCCCGAGGGGAGCAGCAGACCGCGCUGCCUGGGGAAGUCAAAGGGCAGGCCCCAUCCCCAGAUCCCCUCUGAGGUCCUGCUCCGGCUCAGAGACUUCUAUAGACCCUUCAAUCUCAAGUUCUACCAAAUGACUGGCCACAAUUUUGGCUGGGACUGAGCAGCUACUCACCAAAGCUCUUAAAAACUUUUAGUAGCAUUCUUCUGAAGACAGGGAUACCUUGAAAGCAUUUUGUGUUACCAAAGCUUUUACUGUGCAAAACAUGCCUUUUCCUUCACCUCCUAUGCUAUGAAAGCUGACUAUGAAAACUUCUGCUUUCCUCUGGAUUCGCAAGAGCCAUGUUAAAGCUCCUACUUGUUAGUUGGAUAUUUUUUUUCUGAGUCUCCAUCAACUCGUCAGGUAAUGAAGCUUUACGUUUCCGAAUUCAUCAAAUACCGAUGCUUUAGGGCAGUGGUCAACCCAACCUACAAUCCUAAAGUGUCAGUAUCUGACAAGUAUGGGAACCCGAAGCGUCUAUGUUUGUCGACCUGGAAACCCAAAAUGUGAGUUUUUGACAAUUUUGAUAGAGACUUUAAAAUCAACUAUCUUACAAACAGGAACCUUAACAACAACAACAACAACAACACCAACAACAAAACUGAGCCACUUCAUAAAGAAAGGCUAAACAAAAGUUUGGAAGAAGUGCUGGUUGGAGCUCACACUGCUGCUGUGUGACAAACACAAGCCACACUGAAGCACAGUGCUUAUUUACUUUAAAUCGGAACUUCGAGCACUUGGCACCCCGAGUGCCAGAGGUAUGUGAAGCUCUCAUUGCUGUCCCAAACACUUAACGGCACAACCGUGGCACAAUUGAAAAUAACAUCGACUAGGUCGCCAACACUGCCAAGAGAUGUGACUGAAGCUGUACCAAAUUGCGAACGAGUAACAAGGCUUGACAGCAAAAGCUUCAAUAAACCAAAUGACAUGUUGAGGGAGAUCCGCGACAGAAGCGACGCAGCAGCAAGGAAAGACGCAAAGGGGGUUUUGAAUUAUGCACAAUGGUACAAUCAAAAUAAAUGUAAAUGUCUGUUGUUGAGACGUAAAUGAAUUAUUAAGGAUCACUUUAAGUCCCUUCAACACUGUUCAGUUCACCUCUGGGCUAAUGAUAGACAUGUUUAUACAGAGUAAGCAGUUAUAGGAAGUUAUUUUUCCUCAGUGCAUUCAGUUGCAAGCUCCUUUUCCGGACUGUAAAAAAUAAAGAUGUAGCAAAUGCAGGAGGAAACCUGGCAGCGGUGCAGAGAGGUACCAGAAACGUAAAACACAGUCCACUAUGUGCUGUAAAUUUGCUCUUAUUUAAGAUGGAUGAAAUGUUCUUUACACACCACCUCUGUAUCGUGAUUGGUUCCUACUUCAUCUACUCAACGCUCUCCUCCACAAGCAGUACAUACAUGCAACUGUGUAUUUCCAAAAAGCCUAAUUUAUAAGAUGACAACUAUUGUUGAGAUGUUUUCCUGAGACUUUUUGUAUCUGAAAUAUUGCUGGAAAUUCUGACUAAAAACUUUUAUUCUGAAACAUGUGUU